GCACAAGAUGGCGGCCAAGUCGGACGGCGGCGGCGGGUUCGCCCAGCUGCACAACCUGGACGAGGCGGGCUGCGGCGGCGGCGGCGGCGGCGGUGGGGCGGCGGCGGACGGCGCGGACGAGGCGGGCGGCAGCAGCUCGCUGCACAUCUGCCACUGCUGCAACACGUCGUCGUGCUACUGGGGCUGCCGGAGCGCCUGUCUGCGCAGCCUGCUGGGCGGCCGCGGGCCGGGGCCGGGGCCGGGAGCGGGGCCGGGGCCGGGAGCGGGGCCGGGGGGCGGCGGGGAGCCGCCGGGGCCGGGGCCGGGGCCGGGGCCGGGCCCGCCGUCGGGGGAGCGGCCGUGGCUGGACUGCCUGUGGAUCGUGCUGGCGCUGCUGGUGCUGCUGGGCGACGUGGGCACGGACCUGUGGCUGGCGCUGGACCACUACGCGCGGCGGGACUACGUGUGGUGCGCGCUCACCCUGGCCUUCGUGCUGCUGCCGUCCGUGCUGGUGCAGAUCCUCAGCUUCCGCUGGUUCGUGCAGGACUACACGGGCGGCGGGCUGGGCGCCGUGCAGGGCCUCAGCAGCCGCGGGCCGCCCAUGCUGGGCCGCCGCGGGCCGCCCGCCGCCAGCCCCGGCGCGCAGCGCCUCUGCAGGGCCAGCGUCUGGGUCUGGCAGAGCGUCAUCCACCUGCUGCAGAUGGGCCAGGUCUGGAGGUAUAUCCGAACCAUGUACCUGGGGAUCCAGAGCCAGCGGCAGAAGGAACACCAGCGGCGCUUCUACUGGGCUAUGAUGUACGAAUAUGCAGACGUAAACAUGUUGCGCCUCCUGGAGACUUUCCUCGAGAGCGCCCCCCAACUGGUGCUACAGCUCUGCAUUAUGAUCCAAAAGAACCGUGCAGAAACAUUACCAUGUGUGUCCUCUGUGGCGUCCCUGAUGUCCCUGGCUUGGGUGCUAGCCUCCUAUCACAAGCUUCUUCGGGACUCUAGGGACGACAAGAAGAGUAUGAGCUACAGAGGGGCCCUCAUACAUCUCUUCUGGCGCCUCUUCACCAUCUCAUCCAGAGUUAUUUCUUUUGCUCUCUUUGCUUCCAUCUUCCAGCUCUACUUUGGGAUCUUUGUAGUGGUCCACUGGUGUGCCAUGGCUUUCUGGAUCAUCCAUGGCGGGACAGACUUCUGCAUGUCUAAGUGGGAGGAGAUCCUCUUCAACAUGGUGGUAGGGAUUGUGUACAUUUUCUGCUGGUUUAAUGUCAAGGAAGGGCGGACUCGAUACCGAAUGUUUGCAUAUUACACUGUAGUCUUGACAGAGAAUGCUGCCUUGACACUCCUUUGGUAUUUUUACAGAGAUCCUAACACUACUGACUCAUAUGCCGUGCCAGCACUGUGUUGUGUCUUUCUUAGCUUUGUUGCUGGGAUAGCUUCGAUGCUGUUAUAUUAUGGUGUGCUGCAUCCCAUGGGGCCAAGAGCUAAGAUUUUAGUCAGCUCCUGUUGUGCCGAGCUGCUCUGGGGCAUUCCUUUGCCCCCUGAUGUUGAGCCCAUGGCACCUCAAACCCCUGGGUACCGGGGGGCCCAGGCUACGCCUACCAGAGCGGUCACGGAGCAACAGGAGGAACUCACAGCUGACACUUGCUUGCCAGUUUUCCAGGUGAGAGCAAUGGUGCCAUCUACUCCAUCUGGGCGGCCCUACCCCCCAGAAGGUCCUCUCAUUAAGAUUGACAUCCCAAGAAAAAGGUACCCCGCAUGGGAUGCUCAUUUUGUAGACAGGAGGUUAAGAAGGACUAUCAACAUUCUCCAGUAUGUCACCCCCACAGCCGUAGGUAUUAGGUAUAGAGACGGACCUCUCUUAUAUGAGUUGCUACAAUAUGAAUCUUCACUUUAAAGCUCCUUUAAAAAAGAGAAAAAAAAAGGUAAAAGAGGGGACCUUAUUUUUGUUUACGGUAAAUACAGAUCAUGAAACAACCACAGCCCUUCCGAUAAGCUUUCUUUCUGGUUGCUGUAUGUAUAAAAAAAAAGAAAAAAAAAAAAGAUAUUCUCUAUGUUUUGUAAGUAAAAACAAAAAGAAAAACUUUUCUUUUGUUUUUUACACGCAAGAAACAGUAUUUCAACUUCCACACCUAGGAUCCAGAGGUGGAGAAGAGGCGUCUCCGUAUCCGUUUUAUACCUUAUACCAAGUGUUAACAUUAUUUAUGGGAUUGGUGCUGAUUGAAAAAUAAAAACAAACAAACAAACAAACAAACCUACAACUGCCUUAUGCCCUGAGGUGCUGAGUUUCAUUAAGUACUGUCACCUUUCUCAUGCAAAACUCUUCAGUGAUUUUAUGCCAGGAAAAAAAAAAAACGAACAACCGUAAUGUACAAAACGUUAAAAAAAAAAAUAAUAAGCAAAGAAAAGCAAAGAGAAACAACAACAGCAAACCUACAACGAUGACAAAAAAAAAGAAACGCGCAAACAAAAAAAUCGCUGCUCUUAUUGGCUUUUGGUGAAAAAGCAAACCCGAUUAAAGAUGAGAAAGCAAAGCAGAGACACCCCAAAAGACGUUUGAAUCUUAAAUGGUUGAAAGAGAAGAUCAGGGCCGUAACACCAUUUGGCGACAUGAUCAUAACAUAGUUUGGUCCUGUCGUUGCGGGCUGGAUCAAACCCUGUUAUGAAAGCAAUCCCCCGACACAAUGGUUUUCUUAAUGUGAAUGGACCACACGUGAUGGCCAGCUACGCCCAAUUUGCACCAAAUUCCCCCAGUGAUACUGUACCUGAUCUCACUUGCAACAGUUUUACACACCGUAACUCCAUGGACUUCAGUCGGCCUACUCCUGAUUCACGCUGAUGCGAGUGAGUCCAGAAGGAGGCCUGUCAUGUUGAUUUCUGGAAACUAAUCCGUGAUCUUUAAAUUACAUACCAAAAAUAUAGUACAAAAGUAGAUUUACGCAUAUCGAAUAACUAUUUCAGUAAUAAUAAAACUCAGCAUAGUAGCAAAAAGAAAGUCAAUUUAAAGGCACAAUACUUGAUCAGUGACUGGCAAAAUAAUUUGACCUGCUGUAUCAUUUUAAGGCUGUAAAAAGGCAUACUUGUAUUCUUUGUACUCUUGUGUACGGCCUGUCAUGUUCCAUUCAGUACAAGCCUUAAAGUGAUUGUAAAGCA